UUAAUCCGAUAUACCAGUCUGACCCUAAAACAGCGGUGACGUCAUCACCGGGGUUUAUCGUCUGUAAAGCCGAUGGAUGGAACUUCCACCAGAUCAUAACCAGGUUUUACUGAACUUCACAUAGUUUAACGCGUGGAUGGAAACUCAGCUCCUGUUUUAUUUUAAUUUGCCCGUUAGCGUCAGUCUCAGACACAAAGCAUCUCAUCUUGUCCAAACCGACAUCAGACAUCCCCCCCCAUCUCCCCCUCUCUUUUUUUAUUCCAUCACCCCUCCUCCUCUUCCUCCUCUUCCUCUUCUUCCUCAUCAACAGUCUCUCAAUGACAAGCGUAAAAAGAACCUCUUUUCCCGAAAGUUUCCGUUCUACAAGAGCAAAGACGCGAGCGAGCAGGAGACCAGCGACGUCGACCAACACGUGACGUCUAACGCCAGCGAUAGUGAGAGUAGCUACCGUGGACAGGAGGAGUAUGUCCUGUCGUAUGAACCCGUCACCCGACAGGAAGUGAACUACACCCGCCCCGUCAUCAUCCUCGGGCCCAUGAAGGACCGGAUCAACGACGACCUGAUCUCAGAGUUCCCCGACAAGUUCGGGUCCUGCGUCCCCCGUAAGUCCUCGCGGGACCUCGGCAGGAAGAGAUGGAAUAUGAUAAAAGAGAGAAAGGGAAGAGAGGACGAUACACGCGUUGGCAGAUAA